ACAAACAACCGAACGAAUUAAGAAUGGGUAAAGAGCUUCAUGUUUUGAUGCUUCCAUGGUCUGGCUUUGGCCAUUUGAUGCCCUACUUUCAACUCUCCAUAGCCUUGGCCAAAGCCAAAGUUCAUGUCUCCUACAUUUCUACCCCAAGAAAUAUUGAAAGGCUUCCCAAAAUCCCAUCUGAAUUGCAGCCUUUCAUAAACCUAGUCCCCAUUUCAUUUCCUCCUCUGGAACCAGACUUCUUGCCUCAAGGAGCCGAGGCAAGUGUUGAUGUACCCACUGAAAAAUUCGAAAACCUACAGAUCGCAUAUGAAAGUCUCCAAGCACCUGUCAAGCAGUUCAUUGCAGAUGAGAUGCCGGAUUGGAUUAUAGCCGAUUUCGCUACGCAUUGGAUAGUCGAGAUUGCCAAAGAGUAUGGUGUUCCACUAGCCUUCUUCUCAGUUUUCAGUGCUGCAACGUGUGUUUUCUUUGGCCCUCCUGAAUAUCUCACCGGUGCAACAAGAGACUAUGCUCUUCCAACACCACAAAGCAUGACAUCUCCACCAGAAUGGGUCACUUUUCCUUCUUUGGUGGCAUUGAAGGAGUAUGAAGCCAUUAAAAGGAUUAAGUCGUCUUUCACAGUAAAUAGUACUGGGAUGAGUUUUGCGACGAGGCUUGCCAAGGUCUUAACAGCAAGUCAAGUUUUGGCGAUUCGUACGUGCAGUGAGAUUGAAGGAGACUACUUGGAAGUGUACAAGAAAAUUACUGGAAAGCCAGUGAUUCCCAUUGGUGUGCUUCCUCCGGAUCAACCUCUGGAAAGGGCUAAAGAGGAGGCAAACUCCGAUGAGUCAGUGUUUGAUUGGCUUGAUAAGCACAAACCCAGGUCAGUUGUGUUUGUAGGGUUUGGGAGUGAGUGUAAGCUGACCAAAGAACAAGUUCAUGAGAUAGCUCAUGGGCUGGAACUUUCAGAAUUGCCAUUCAUUUGGGGACUAAGAAAACCCAAUACAGCUAGCACUCCUAACAGUGAUGAGGUAGAUGAUUUUCUGCCUUCAGGUUUUCUUGACAGGACAUCAGAGAAAGGGCUUGUUUGCUUUGGAUGGGUUCCCCAAAUGGAAAUCUUGGGGCACCGAUCUAUUGGGGGCUCUUUGUUCCAUUCUGGAUGGGGUUCUGUGAUUGAGACUCUACAAUUUGGGCAUUGCCUUGUUGUAUUACCCUUCAUGUAUGAUCAGCCUGUCAAUGCAAGACUUUUGGUAGAGAAAGGUCUGGCUGCCGAAGUGAAGCGCAACGAAGACGGGUCUUUUACUAAAGAGGAAAUAGCAAAAACACUGAGGCUCGCAAUGGUGGAAGAGGGAGGAGAGCCGCUGAGAAGCAAUGCGAGGAAAGCUGCUGCAGUUUUUGGUGAUCACAAGCUGCACCAAGACUACAUUGGUGCAUUUGUUGAUUAUCUUAAGAAUAACGUACAUCGCAAAGAGAUGAUCUAUAAAUGAUCCUAGACUCAUAAAUCACCAGGACCACGGCCUAUUA